UACAAGAAGGGGGGGUGCGGAAGGGAGAAGUAAAAGCCUUUCUCGGUUUACGGCUUGGGCUUACCCGAAACCAUGGCAACCGUGCGUCAACAAAGAGACGGUGCCGCUCAAGAAGAAAUUGGAGCUGUUUGUUGAUAGGAGGGAAGAGAGCGGUGGUGUCUGCUGUUGAGCCAAAGUAGCCUAUAUUGCUGGGGGUAAAGGGAGAGAGAGAAGGGACAGAGAGGGACGAAUCCUCGGAAUUCCAAAAGAUCAAAGACGAUGUCCCUGUGGAUAUAAUAAGGAGGAGGACAUUCCUCAUAUACUGCUUCAUUGCACAAUUUAUCAGGACCCCAGAACUAAGUUCCUCAAGAAGUUUUUAGAUGAAUCUGAAUCUCUUACAGAAGUGGGGAAAGUAAUUUCCUUAAUGUCUGAUUCAAAUUUGGACGUGACACAUAAGACCAGCAGGUUAUCACACAGGAGUAAAGAUGCCUUCAGAAACAGGGAAAACAGAUAUGGAGAGGAUUGGUCUCUUUAGUGAAAUGGAAUAUGUUACUGUUGGGGAUAAAUAUGUUUCACCAUUUAACCGCCCCUUUAAUGAAGCUGCAAGCAAGAACAAGCAAAUGUUACCCGGGGGUAACAAAGAGAAGGCAGCUACUCAGGCAGGUUACUUUGACCCUCUGUUUUCAAGAAUUUUUGACGGUGAAAGCUAUUCGAAUCCUGUGCAGCUAAGGAGAAGAUACCGGUUGGCAGAGUCAAAGAAAAACCUGAGCAAACCCUUCCUUCCCAGUAAUGGAGAAAAAUACCCUUGUGGUGUUGGAACUUACUAUGGAACAAUCGGUGGUCCAUGUUCCUUCUUUAGUGCACAAGCAAAAGACAAAAUGACAUAUGUUCAACCUGGGAAGAAUCUGUACACUAAUCCAGGGAAGAAAGGAACUGGCUAUGGGUAUCCAAAUCUCACCAUAGGUAAACCAUACCCACACUCAGUGGAAUUAUACGACAUAGGAAGAAUAAACUUUAAGAAAACGACUGAAGAACACCAACGUCUGAUGAAAGGUGGGCCUUUCAGGUUGAAUCUUUUCCCCCGAGAGUAUUUUGACUUGAAUCCUUACCAUGAUGAUAAACCAGUACCACCACCAAAGAAACAACCCACACAAGCUGCAAUUAGCCAUGCUUUUAAGCCAAGUUCUCCUGGCAAAAAGCCUGGGGGCAUGAAAGCUGGCACAUUUGAUCCCUUUCCAAUGCAUUCCACAGACCCCUACGGAGUUAAACUGUCAAAGCCUAUCACAACCAAUAAACAAGGACAGGUAUAUCAUCCUUCUGCUGGAACAAAGAGCAGACCAAUAAGAAGUAUUAUGGCUGCAAAUGUUGAGAAAUCAUUAAAUGUCACCAACUACACGAAUCCACAAGUGAUGUCAUAUUAGCUGCACAAAAGCAAGGUGAAUGAACUUUCUAGAUUCUGCAAACAGUAGCAUUUGAACAGCUGAAGGGCAUCUGAAGCAAAUAAAAAAUUGUGCCUAAGGGGAAUUUCAAAUAUGGCAACCCCUUGCCACAACUGUUUUACAGCAUAUGACUGUGUUUUACAAAUAUAUAAACAAAUAGAUAAUAUAUUUACCAAUAAUGUCUAUACAAUGUGAAGUAUAUUUUGAUUUAAAUUUUAUUUUGAUUGUGUAUAUAAAUACCUGCGCUCUGUGUGUGAUAAACAUCAAGGUUUUUCCUGUCAACCAUUAAAAAACUUAUGGAUAUCCCAUGUCACAUCUAGUUUGGCCCUGGUUACUAGAUACUGAUCUACUAAAGAUUAUUUCCCUGGGUUCUAAAACACUCUAGUAUGGCUACAAGAAUGGAAACUAGGGGAUAGACACACAGAUAGGGGCUGGCCCUGUCAUUUUCAAGGUUAGUCAUACUCAGAGUAGUCCCAUUAAAAUCAAUGGACACAAGUCUAAUGAUUUUAGAGGAGCUGCUGUACGUAUGAAUAACAUUGAAUAUCACCUCUAGUAAACCAUUUCAAUUUUUUAAAAAUAAUAGUUGAACAUUUAAGGAAGGGGCUUGGAAUAUUUGUAAAGUCAGAUCUCCAAAGGCCUUCUCCCAUGGUUGCAACGCUAAAAACAUGGUGAGAAAAAAGUCCAAGUCUUCCACUUCCCCCUUCUUUUGCUACCAUGGUGUGCCAUUAGUCUACCAAUCUUCCUUCCUUCCAGGUACCGUACUGUAUUUGCUUUAAUAGGAAUAACACUGUAUAGUAAUUAAUUAAUUAAUCAAUAAAUCAAUUUAAAAGGUUUUGCUUAACUUUAAAAUAUGGGCCUGAUUAAGGUACUGCUCUGGGUAGUAGAUUUAAAAAAAAUGUUUUAAUACAAGAACUAAAAAUUACAAUAAGUGGCAGGGCAGGCACCAUAUUAGGAGUAUUUGUACCCAUGAAAGAGAGAAGGGAAAAUAACUUUUAUAGUGUGUGACCUGUAUGCAUGAUUAUUAUAUGUUUAUUAACUCAUAAGAUUAAUCAGCUACAAUUUCUUUAAUUGGAUGAUGGUCCUAGUACUACAGUUUCCUGCAAGAUAUCUUUAACUUCUGCUUUAGAUUUGUUUUUCUCUACCAACUAUAAAAUGGCGUUUGAAACAUUUAGUUGUAAAAGUGUAGCAAAACAAAAAAUAAAAUCUACUCUUCCCAACAUUCUAAAUUUGA